CACAGUUAGACAAAAUUAGCGGGAAAUUGAAAAACAUGGGGUCAUAUCUUUCAAAGCCGAUAACAAAAAAAAUCUCGACUCACGAGAUAGGAAAGAAUGUGGUGUUUGGCGCGAGUUCUAUGCAAGGAUGGAGAGACAGUCAAGAGGAUGCUCACAAUUGCUGCAUAAACUUUGAUCGCAAUGCCUCAUUAUUUGCUGUUUAUGAUGGCCAUUGUGGUCAUGAAGUUGCUCAUUAUUGUUCCCAAAAGUUGCCUCAAUUUAUCAAGGAAACCGAUGCUUAUAAACGUGGUGAUGUUGGUCAAGCCUUGAUUGAUGCUUUCCUCGGUUUUGAUGCGACGCUUAAAAAACCAGAAAUCAUAAAAAUUCUGAAAAAAAUAGCAAAAACAAAAGUAUCUGAUACUGACACAGUUGAAACAUGCGAUUCCGAUAAAGUCAGUGAAGUUACUGUUGAUAAAAAAGAAGUAAAGUCAGAAUUGCCUAAAAGUUCCGAAGAUGUUGAUGAACAAAUAUCAUCAAAAGUUGAGGCUGAAGUUAAUGGUAAAAAUGAAUCAAGUUGUGAUAUCAAUGACGAUGAUGAUGAUGAAGCUGAAAAUAAGUACAUCUCAUCUAAAAAACCAGGCUCAACGUCAGGUUGUACUGCUGUUGUUGCACUUCUUCAUGGUGAAAACUUGUAUGUUGCAAAUGCUGGUGAUUCGAGAUGUGUCUUAUGUCGUGAUGGUAAAGCACUUGAGCUCAGUUUGGAUCAUAAACCUACAGAUACAGAAGAAAGCAAAAGAAUUUAUAAAGCUGGUGGUGUAGUAACUUGGCAGGGAAGAAUCAAUGGCAAUCUCAAUCUUUCAAGAGCAAUUGGUGAUCAUAAAUACAAACAAAAUACAGAACUUCCACCUGAAGAUCAAAUGAUUUCAGCACUUCCUGAUAUUAGACAUAUUUUAAUUGAUCCAAAAAGAGAUGAAUUUCUUAUCUUGGCUUGUGAUGGAAUUUGGAAUUGUAUGUCUAGUUCUGAAGUAGUGAAGUUCGUCAAAGAGAGAAUCAAUGAUGCUGGAGAUAAUAUUUCCAAAGUUUGUGAAGAGCUUUUUGACCAUUGCUUAGCUCCAGACUCACUUGGUGACGGCACAGGCUGUGACAAUAUGACAGCAAUCAUUGUUAAAUUCAAAAAUUUAACACCGAUUCCCGAAAAUAAUAUUGACAAUAACGAAGUUGAAGGUACAAACAAGAAAGAAAUAAAUCUAUAA